AUGCCAUCGCAAUCGGCAGGCGGAACAGAUGAUUUAGACCUCUCACCAGACGAGCCCAAGGUGGUCGGACCUUACGAACCAGAUAUUGCUACGACCAUUCAAGGUGAGCGAAUGAAUUUAGAUGCCCCUGGUCGAAGGCGGUUUGGUCAAUGCUACCUGUGGAGCACGUCUGAUGGUCCGAAGAAGGGUUCUUACAAAGUCGAAGACGAUGGUCCGCAGAAACGCUUAUGCCCGUGUCUCCCUAUCGAAAGCGAACUCAUGCCGCACGGUAAGGCCGACCAAUACCCUGAAGUCGGUCUGCUCAUUGGCGAAGAACCUGGAAAAUACAAACCAACAGGGUUAUCGCGAAAUAAAGGACGACAAUCAGAACAAGCAGCCAGAGGAGUUUCGGAACGCAAGUCAAAAUGUAAUGCGAGCAUUUAUCCGGAUCAGCGAGUACAUCCAACUGCAGGCAAAGUUACCCGUUCACUCAGUUCAACAGACAGACUGUACUCCCGUCAGUACAACGAUUCGGGAGAGGCUGCCUUCUUCACGACAAAAGGGACGAACCACUCUCCGAUGAAGCUAUAUCAAGCCUGGUUACCGAGUUCAAGAAAGCCAGCCAGCCCUACGCAUACAGAUCUGAACAAGAGAGUCGCGCAAGCCGCUCGUCGAGUUCUUAGGACUGAGAAAAUUGACAAUCCGCCGAUGCCAGCAAGCCUCCUACGAUCGCGCCUUUUCUACUUCCUCGAAAACUGCCAGUUGCAGAUCAAACCCGACGACGAUGAUAUUAACACCAAGGUCCGAGCAAUCUUCACGUUGACGCAGGCUGAAGAUGGCGAGGAGGAACCGAGUGCAAACAAGGAGCUAUCGGACUGGUUGGUGGCCGUAUGCGAGUAUCUACGAAUGAUCCAAUAUUCAGCAGGCGCUUACGCCGAUUUGGUUACCGAGAAACACGGGCUCGUUCUAUCAAAUUCCAUCAAUAAUGCAAUGACACAACUCAACAAUGCAACCGGUGUCAACGCUUUCCGCGCCGGUUUGGAACACCUGGCUUCUUCAAGUCAUGCGAGUUUACUCGCCAGUAACCAGGCAUGCCUUUCCCGACAAUUAGACUUCGCUAUAGACGGUAGUGACAGGGGCUUCUCCGACUGA